AUUUGAAAAUCUGCUCUUGUACUUCUUGUCCACCUUAAUAAUCAGUGUUUUUUUUUUAGUCAUCUUUCUUGGAAUUCAUCUCUUGGUUCUUGUUUCUUUUCGAAUCAUGUCAUUGGAGCAAUCUAACAACUUUCUUGUUCGUUUUAAUGGGAAGAACUACUCUGCUUGGUCUUUCCAAUUUGAGAUUCUUGUCAAGGGAAAAGAAUUAUGGGGCUAUGUUGAUGGAACGGAAUCUGCACCUGACUCCAAAGAAAAGGAGAAACUUGCGAAAUGGAAGGUGAAGGAUGCUCAGAUAAUGUCUUGGAUUCUCGGGAGCAUGGAACCGUCUAUGAUUCUCAAUCUCAGGCCUUACAAGUCUUCUAAAGAUAUGUGGGGUUACUUGAAGAAAGUUUACAAUCAAAGCAACGCCGCCCGACGUUUUCAAUUAGAGCUUGAGUUGGGACAACUAAGUCAGGGAAGCAUGACAAUUCAAGAGUUUUAUUCUUCUUUUGAGAAUUUGUGGAAUGAAUACACUGAUAUUGUGUAUGAGAGUGUUUCUGCUGAAGGACUAGUUGCUGUCCAAAGUGUACACGAGACGAGCAAACGUGAUCAGUUUUUAAUGAAAUUGCGGGGAGAUUUUGAACCAGUCAGGUCCAACCUCAUGAAUAGAAAUCCAGUUCCUUCAAUCGAUACUUGCGUAGGUGAGCUUUUUCGAGAAGAACAACGGCUCAUGACACAAACUUUCAUCGAUCAGAAAUCACAGAAUUCUUCUCCAAUUCCUGUUGCAUAUGUUGCCCAAGGAAAGCAUAGAGGUGGAAGAGAUAUGAGUAAUAUCCAAUGCUACAGUUGCAAAGGAUUUGGACAUGUUGCUACUAAUUGCACUAAAAAAUUCUGCAAUUAUUGCAAGAAAGCUGGGCAUACUAUUAAAGAUUGUCCAAUCCGGCCUCCGAAGAAAUCUGAGACUGCUUACAAUGUCUCAGUUGGAUCCUCAAAUGCUCCGAACUUUGGUCAGUCCUCUGUUACUCCUGAAAUGAUCCAGCAGAUGAUAGUUAAUGCAUUUUCAACUUUAGGAAUUUCAGGUAACAAAAAUUCUGCCCAUAAGCCUUGGUAUUUUGAUUCCGCUGCUUCAAAUCACAUGACUAGCACAACAGUACCCCUAAAUAAUGUUCAAAAGUAUAAAGGGGAUCUUCAUAUUCAAACUGCUGAUGGUAACUCUUUACCUAUUACUGCUGUUGGUGAUAUUUCAACCUCUCUGAAUACAGUUUUUGUGUCCCCAAAGUUGUCUACUAAUCUUAUAUCUGUUGGCCAGUUAGUUGAUAACAAUUGCACCGUUCAAUUUUCAAAUUCUGGUUGUUUUGUGCAGGAUCAAGUGUCAGGGAAGAUGAUCGCGAAGGGGCCUAAAGUGGGACGUCUCUUUCCUUUACUCCCAUCACCUUCUCUAGUGUCAAAUUAUGUCUCUUGUAAUGCCGUUGAUUGUAAUAAUCAAGUGUGGCAUAAGCGGUUAGGACAUCCAAAUUCUCAUGUUCUUAGUAUUUUACUUAAAUCUGGUUUGCUUGGGAAUAAAGUUUCGAAUUCUUCAAAUACAGACAAUAUUCAUUGUGCAUCUUGCAAACUUGGUAAAAGCAAAACACUUCCUUUUCCAUCACGUAAAUCUCACACCACCAAAGCUUUUGAACUUGUGCAUACAGAUGUAUGGGGUAUUUCACCAGUGGUAUCUCAUCAACAUUACAAGUAUUUUGUAACUUUUAUAGACGAUUUCUCUCGUUAUACUUGGGUAUAUUUCCUUCGAUAUAAAAGCGAGGUCUUUAAAGCAUUUCAAACUUUCCAUGCUUUAAUCGAGACACAAUUUUCUGCAAAAAUCAGAAUUUUGCAAUCUGAUUCGGGUGGUGAAUAUACAUCAAAUGAAUUUCAAUCUUUCCUUCAAAAUCAUGGAAUCAUAUCACAACGAUCUUGUCCAUCAACUCCACAACAAAAUGGUGUGGCCGAGAGAAAGAAUCGUCAUCUUCUUGAUGUCGUUCGAACUCUCCUCAUCGAGUCUUGUGUUCCAUCUCAUUUUUGGUGUGAAGCCCUGUCUACUGCUGUUUAUUUGAUAAACAGAUUACCAUCUCCCACCUUAAACAAUGAAUCUCCCUACCUCCGUUUAUAUGAAGAUGCACCAGAUUAUUCUGAUCUUCAUAUUUUCGGAUGUGUUUGUUUUGUUCAUCUUCAGCCACAUGAAAGGAACAAACUUACUGCACAAUCUGUCAAGUGUGCUUUUUUAGGAUAUGGUGGUACCCAAAAUGGUUUUCUUUGCUAUGAUCCUAAUACUCGUCGUAUUCGUGUGUCUAGAAAUGUAAUUUUCUUUGAAAAUCAGUCAUUUUUUUGCACACAAAUGACUUCACAACUCCCAUCGAUAGCUAUAUUGCCUCAUUUUCCCGAGUCAUCAGCCCCAUCACAAAGAUUUAAACCAGGUCAUGUUUAUCAUAGACGCACAUCUCCCACUAUGGCUCCUGCGACUCUUUCGGACGCACCUGAUCCUGUUCUACCGAGUUCCAAUGAUCCACCUCCUGUUCGGAGAAGCUCUAGAAAUUCAAAACCUCCCGACAGGUAUGGUUAUACAAAUCCAGUAGCCAUGUCCACUACUUUAUCUCCCAUCUCUAUUCCCACUUGUUAUAAACAGGCUAUGGAACAUGAGUGUUGGCAACAAGCAAUGGAAACAGAACUUCAAGCUCUUGCAGAAAAUCAUACUUGGGACGUUGUUUCCUUGCCUCCAAAUGUUAAGCCAAUUGGUAGCAAGUGGGUUUAUAGUAUGAAACUCAAGUCUGAUGGCUCAUUAGAUCGAUACAAAGCUCGGCUGGUUGCACUUGGCAAUAAACAAGAAUAUGGUAUCAACUAUGAAGAGACAUUUGCACCAGUUGCUAAAAUGACCACUGUAAGAACCAUUCUUGCUGUUGCUUCCUCUAAAUCUUGGCCUUUACAUCAGAUGGAUGUCAAAAAUGCUUUUUUGAAUGGGGAUCUUAAAGAAGAAAUUUACAUGAAACUUCCACAUGGCAUGGCAUGGAUAGCUCCAAAUAAAGUUUGCAGGUUAAGGCGCACUUUGUAUGGGUUGAGGCAGUCUCCUAGAGAAUGGUUUGAUAAGUUUCGCCAUACUCUCAUCAACUUCUCUUUUACACAAAGCCAAUAUGAUUCAUCUCUCUUCUUUCAUAAGACACAAGAAGGUAUGGUCUUUCUUCUGGUCUAUGUCGAUGAUAUAAUCAUCACAGGCAGUGACACUGUGCUCAUAUCAAAACUCAAGAAUAUGUUGCAUAGUACAUUUCAAAUGAAGGAUCUUGGGGAUCUUAAGUAUUUUUUGGGUCUAGAAGUUCAUUCUCGAGAUCAAGGUAUAUUCUUAAAUCAGCAUAAAUAUGUCAGAGAUCUUAUUGAGUUGGCUGGUUUAAAGGAGGCUACUGCUGUUGAUACACCAAUGGAAGUGAAUGUUAAAUAUCGAAAAGAUGAAGGGGAGCUUUUGCCUAAUCCUUAUUUAUAUAGACAAUUGGUUGGUAGCCUCAUCUAUCUAACAAUUACUAGGCCUGAUAUCUCAUAUGCUGUCCAUAUAGUUAGCAGAUUUAUGCAAUCACCUCGGCAUCUUCAUCUUGUUGCAGUGAAGCGUAUUAUUCGAUAUUUAAUUGGGUCACCUACGCGUGGUCUAUUCUUUCCAAAAAAUUCUGAUCUUCAUUUGACAGCAUAUAGUGAUGCUGAUUGGGCUGGAUGUCCGGAUACUAGAAGAUCUACAACUGGAUGGUGUACUUUUCUUGGAGAUGCAUUGAUCUCUUGGAAGUGUAAAAAGCAAGAUCAUGUCUCAAAAUCUUCCACGGAGGCUGAAUAUAGAGCCAUGUCUGCAGCUUGUGCUGAAAUUGUUUGGUUACGUGGCCUUCUUUCCGAGCUUGGAGCUUCUCAAAUUAAUCCUACUCCACUCCAUGCUGAUAACAAAAGUGCCAUUCAGAUAGCUUCCAAUCCAGUAUUUCAUGAACGAACAAAACACAUCGAAGUUGAUUGUCAUUAUAUCAGAGAUGCAUUUACUCGUGGUGUUAUUGAACUUCCUCAUGUCUCAAUUUUGGCUGGUACGCUUGCUCGGUUAGAUAGAGAUGCUCCCCACUAUAAGAAGGAUGGCUACAAUGAUUUCAAUACAUUCUACAUGCAAGCGGCUUCUGGGACCAAAGGUGGUUCUAGUGGAUCCCCAGUGAUUGACUGGCAAGGAAGGGCAGUUGCCCUAAAUGCUGGAAGCAAAUCAUCUAGCGCAUCUGCAUUUUUCUUACCUUUGCAACGAGUUGUAAGGGCAUUAAAGUUCUUGCAGAACGGAAGAGAAACUUUCAGGGAUAAAUGGGAGGCAGUUCCCAUUCCUCGUGGUACAUUGCAGAUGACAUUUGUUCACAAAGGAUUUGAUGAAACACGUCGCCUUGGUCUCCAAAGUGAAACAGAGCAGUUGGUGCGCCAUGCAUCUCCACUAGUUGAAACAGGAAUGCUUGUUGUUGAUUCUGUGGUACCAGGUGGGCCUGCUCAUAACCAUUUGGAGCCAGGCGAUAUUCUUAUUCGUAUGAAUGGGGAGGUGAUUACCCAAUUCCUUAAGAUGGAGAGUUUGCUUGAUGACAAUGUCCAUCAAAAGGUUGAACUACAGAUUGAAAGAGGUGGGAAAUCAUUGGUCGUCGUCCUUCCGGUUGAAGAUUUACAUUCCAUAACUCCCAACUACUUCUUGGAAGUAAGCGGUGCUGUAAUACACCCUCUUUCUUAUCAGCAGGCUAGAAAUUUUCGGUUCAAUUGUGGUAUUGUAUAUGUUUCCGAACCAGGAUAUAUGCUAUAUAGAGCUGGGGUUCCACGCCAUGCAAUAAUAAAGAAGUUUGCAGGAGAAGAGAUAUUGCAGCUUGAAAAUCUGAUCACUGUUUUAUCUAAGCUUUCUAGGGGAGCACGAGUACCAUUGGAGUACAUAAGUUACACAGAUCGUCAUCGGAGUAAGUCGGUUCUAGUGACAAUUGAUGGGCACGGAUGGUAUGCCCCUCCUCUGAUAUACACUCGUGAUGAUAGCUCUGGUUUAUGGAUAGCAAAACCUGCUUUGCCACCUGGGGCUCCUCUUAUUUCAUCUGUUAUCAACCAAGUUGAAAGUGGUCUUGUAAACAAGAAUGUUUCUUCUGAUUUUGACAAAGCUAGUUUAGUGGAACCUGUGCUACAAGAUAGAAGCAAGGAAUUAGCCGAUGGUGACACCAAUAUGGAAACUAAUUAUGAGCAUGUUGGAGAUGGACCUCAAACACGAAACGAAUUUGAUUCUGGAACAAAAAAGCGGCGAGUGGAAGAAGAUAUAUCUUCUAAUGGUGUUGUCACUGCUGAUUCUUCCUUACAUGGCCAUGAUGACCUGCAAUUGGUGGAACCAGUUUCCUCAGAAGAUGCACUGCUGAUUGAGAAUCAAGGUGUCCAAGCUGGUGCUGCUAAUGCUUCUGUUGCUGAGCGUAUAAUUGAGCCAACUCUUGUCAUGUUAGAGGUUCAUGUACCAUCAUCAUGUAUGCUUGAUGGUGUUCACUCUCAACAUUUUUUUGGGACUGGUGUUAUCAUAUACCAUUCUGAAACUAUGGGAUUAGUUGUGGUAGACAGGAACACUGUUGCAAUCGCUGCAUCUGAAGUGAUGCUCUCAUUCGCUGCUUUUCCAAUUGAAAUUUCUGGGGAGGUGGUUUUUUUACAUCCAGUCCAUAAUUUUGCUCUAGUAUCAUAUAACCCUGCUGCACUUGGUACAGUUGGUGCUUCUUUAGUCCGUGCCGCAGAACUUCUUCCUGAACCUGCAAUACGUCGUGGAGAUUCAGUUUAUCUUGUGGGUUUAAGUAGGAGUUUGCAUGCAACUUCUAGAAAAUCUGUUGUUACCAACCCUUGUGCUGCUCUAAAUAUUGCAUCAGCUGACUGCCCACGUUACAGAUCAACAAAUAUGGAAGUCAUUGAGCUUGAUACAGAUUUUGGGAGCACAUUUUCUGGUGCACUGACUGAUGAGCAUGGAAGGGUUAAGGCUAUUUGGGGAAGCUUCUCGACUCAGCUAAAAUAUGGCUCUAGUUCGUCAGAGGAUCAUCAGUUUGUCAGAGGCAUUCCUAUAUAUACAAUCGACAAUGUACUGAAGAAAAUAAUAUCUGGAGCUAAAGGGCCUGCUCUUCUUAUUAAUGGCAUCAAAAGGCCAAUGCCUCUUGUUAGGAUAUUAGAGGUUGAACUUUAUCCUACGUUGCUUUCCAAAGCUCGGAGUUUUGGACUGAGUGACAGUUGGAUCCAAGCUCUCGUGAAGAAGGAUCCUAUCAGACGUCAAGUUUUACGUGUUAAAGGAUGUUUUGCGGGAUCAAGUGCAGAAAACUUACUUGAAGAAGGUGACAUGAUCUUGGCCAUUAAUAAGGAACCAGUUACAUGUUUUCGAGACAUAGAAGAUGCUUGCCAGCUGUUAGAUCAGUAUGGUUACAAUGAUGGGAAGCUUAAUCUAACUAUUUUUCGUCAAGGUUCUGAAAUUGAACUUCUGGUAGGAACAGAUGUAAGGGAUGGGACCGGCACUACACGUGUCAUAAAUUGGUGUGGAUGUAUUGUCCACGAGCCGCAUUCCGCGGUUCGUGCUCUUGGAUUCUUGCCCAGAGAAGGACAUGGUGUAUAUAUUACUAGGUGGUGCCAUGGAAGUCCUGUUCACCGAUAUGGUUUAUUUGCUCUUCAGUGGAUUGUUGAAGUUAAUGGGAAACCAACUCCAGAUCUUGAUUCUUUUGUUGAUGUAACAAAGGAACUAGAGCAUGGAAUGUUUGUUCGUGUGAAAACAGUUCACUUGAAUGGGAAGCCACGAGUACUUUCAUUGAAGCAGGAUUUGCACUACUGGCCAACAUGGGAGCUGAGAUUUGAUCGUGAAACUGCACAGUGGCAUCGAAAGACGAUCAAAGCAUUGAACUGCAAUAUUGCAUGAAACAAGGGCUACUCUUUCGUGGUCUGCUUUGUGUCAAAUGAGCAUUGGGGUUUGUAUAGAAUGGGGAAAUUGUAUCUUGAGACUGGCAUGCAUGGUGGGCUCCUGCAUCCGUAGUUGAAGACUAAAUGCCAUCGGCCAUUGACAGACUGAUGUGUUGUAGACACUAGUACUCACUUUUCAGAGGGUUCUUGGUAGAAAAAAAUAUGUGAAACUUAAUUGCCAUAGUACUGAUCAAUUGCAGGCUGUUCCAAAUUUGUUAUUAUUUAUUCUAGACAAAUAUCAUUUUGUAGCAUGUAUUUUUUCUCGCGAAGCUUGUAAUUUUUGUAAACUCGUGAUUUUGGUCUAUUAUAUAUUUAUUUAUAUA